UUUUACCCGGAAGUUAUAAGAGUGUUGUCCAGUUCUGUAGGAUGAAGGCUUAAAAUUGUGCUUUUCUCAUUGUCUAGACGUUUUUGAACCAUGAAAAUGGCGUGGAAAAGCAAAGGUGCCCCUCUUCUCCCGGCCUCCUUACACCUCCUGGUCCCCCCAGUGAGACUUAUGUCUGCUUUCGUGUGGCAAAUAGCGCAGCAGCACCGCGUGAUGCAGUACGACAAGCUGGUGGACUUCGUCAGUUUGGUGACGGAGAUCGUCCCAGAGCUCCUGAGUCCCGGUCAGACGGCUCAGCUCACCCUGGGCCUGAGAGCGAGGCUGGUUCUGGAGCUGUGUCGUGGUGACGGCGUCGCCAACUUGCAGACCAUCCAGAGCCACCUGGAUAAAAUCCACGCCUGCAGUGCCGAGCUGAGCUCCACUGACCAGAUGGCCAGUGGUGAUAUCCUGAAGACCUCAUACACCAACUUCGCCAGCCUGGUUCAAAACCUUUUGAAUGUUCCCUUUGAAAAGGAGUUCUUCUUCCAAGAGGUUUUUCCUGCGAACUAUGGCUCCGCCUACGACCAAAGACUGCAGCAGCUGGUGUCCGAGUUCCUGUCCAGGCUGGAGCAGCUGCUGCCGAUACCGGACCUGCAACAGACAGCAGCGUGGCUCACUGAGACAACGUCUGUGUCGGAAGAAUUUGGACAGCAUCUCUCCGAACCCUUAGCCCUGAAGACUCUGCUGCUUCAUCAGAGACAGCUGGGCAGUCUCGGCUCAGCUCAGUCAAGCAGUGAGGAAGAUAUCCUUCUGUCCACACUGGCCCUCCCUUCUCAGACUGGAGUGGGGAAGUUCACUGUGCCGUACAGCGAAGAGGGUGAUGAUUUUGACAGCGAGGAAGAGACCCUGGCAUUGGAGGAUUUAGAAGCGGAGGACUCAAAUCAUAGCUCUGAUGACACCGCAGACGAUUGGUUCCCAAAAAAGGAAUCAGGUCCUCUGUCACAUUUAUUCAUCUGCCCUCAGUGUUCAUUUGCUCACCGCCUGAAGAGGAAGGUCCAAGAGCACAUCCAGAGUGAGCACCACACUUCAGCGACGGUUCAGAAAAAACUAUCCGUGAAAAAAGCCAGAGCAAAGACUCAGCAGAAAAGUAAAGACUUGAACACUGCAAAGAAGAAAGCAGAAGGCAACCUGGAGAAAAAGAGGAAACCCAAACAAAAAGACGUUGUCGAAAAAAAGCGGGAACGUAAGCAAAAGAAAGACAACCUGGAAAACAAGGAACGACGGAGACGGAAAGAGCCCGCGGGGGAAGACAAAAGGUUUCUGAGCACGCGACCGGUGAACAAAAACUUCACAGAGGAAGAGACUAAAUGCCUGACGUGUGAAAAGGUUUUUGAACAUCCAAAUCAAUUGAAGACCCACAUGAAGAUCCACAGUUUCCGGUACCGAUGCAGCCAAUGUGAGAAGGGAUUCACCAGCCCAUCGGGGUAUUAUCAGCACCAGAGACUCCACAAGAGAGGACGAAUAUUCGUCUGCAGCCAGUGCAGCAAGGGAUUCCUGUGUAAUUAUUCGCUCAAGCAACAUGAGCGCCUGCACGAAGGCCCCUCCAACCUGUGCACCAUCUGUGGGAAAAGCUUCAGCAAGGCGGGCAUCACAAGACACAUGCAGAUGCACAGAGGGGAGAAGAAUUACCUCUGCACCACAUGUGGGAAGUCGUUUUUGUCCUCAGGGGAGCUGCUGCUGCACACUCGGUCUCACACGGGUGAGACGCCGUACACCUGCACCCACUGCGGGAAGGGUUUCUCCAGCAAGAGUCACCUAAAUGUCCACACGCGCUCCCACACGGGCGAGCGUCCGUACCUGUGCUCAGAGUGCCCGAAGCGUUUCCUCACGCUGAACUGCCUGAAGAGGCACACACUCAGCCACAACGGGGUGAAACCAUUUAAGUGUCCGAACUGUGAGAGAGAAUUCUCCCAGCAGGGGAAUCUGAAAAGACAUUUGGCGACUCAUAAGCCCGACACGUAAUGUGUAACUUUAAUUGUUGUCAGAAAUCACAAUGUUGUCCUGCAC